AUGUCUACUGUCAAAACUCUUGUUGCUGUGGAAGUCAAGACUGGAUGGCCCCUAUUUCAAUUGGAUGUUAAUAAUGCUUUCUUGUAUGGUGACGUGGUUGAGAAAGUAUAUAUGAGGCUUCCUCCUGGUUUGUCUGUUUCUUCCCCACCUUCUUCUGCCCCUUUAGUGUGCAAAUUGCAGAAGUCUCUUUAUGGUUUGAGGCAAGCAUCCAGGGGUUCAGGUGAUUCUUUGGUUAUUAUAGUUGUGUAUGUGGAUGACAUUGUCUUAACUGGGACUGAUUUGUAUGAGAUUACUGCUUUAAAGUACUUUCUACAUGACCGAUUUAAAAUCAAGGAUUUGGGGCUGCUUAAUUAUUUUCUUGGGAUUGAGAUGUUGUACACUCCAUUCGGGGUUUUCCUUCAUCAGAAGAAAUUUAUCAAUGAUUUGCUAAAGGAGUUUCAUUGUGAUGUUUGUACCCCUGUUGUCUGCCCUCUUGAAUUGAAUGAGAAACUAAAGGCCUCUGUUGGUGAGCCUUUGCCCAAUCCUGAAGUCUACAGAAAUCUCAUACGGAAGUUGAAUUUUCUCACUCUCACCAGGCCAGACCUCUCAUUUGCUGUGCAACACCUUAGCCAAUUUAUGCAGAAACCUUGUGUUCCUCAUACGAAAUCUGCCCUCCACCUCCUGAGGUAUCUGAAUGGUACUUCUGAUCCUGAGAUUUUUCUUAAUAACUCCUCAUAUUUUUCUGUCCAGGUUUAUUGUGAUAGUGAUUGGGGACCUUGUCCUGAUAGCAGAAGAUCAGUGACUAGUUUCUGCAUCCUGUUAGGUGGCAGUUUGGUUUGCUGGAAAUCUAAGAAGCAGGCGGUUAUCUCUCUUUCUUCAGCUGAAGCUGAAUAUAGGUCUUUGAGCAAGGUUGUGGCAGAGGUUACAUGGUUAGCUAGACUUUUGGUUGACUUUGGCAUUACUGAUCUCUCUUCUAUUCCUAUUUAUUGUGAUAACCAGACUACAAUUCACAUUACUAAGAACCAUGUGUUCCAUGAAAGGACCAAGCAUAUUGAGCUGGAUUGUCACUUUGUUCGCACCAAGCUGGCUGAUGGUUUGGUUACCCAGCUCUAUACUUCCAGUUCCACUCAAAUGGCUGAUGAUGUUGCUCUGGCGAUUGUUUCGAUGAGGCCAAUUCUUCUUGGUCCAAUAAUGGAGAAGCUAUCGUUGACCCCAGAAAAAUAUGGAACAAGUCGUAGAUUUUAUGUCCAGACAUUGGAUGAUCGUGCUCUUUCACCCGAUGUCCAAGAAAAGCUUGUAAGGAAAACACUCCUGAAG